AUGAAUGAAUAUGAUAAUCAAAUAUAUUCUAAUCAGCCUAUAAUAAUUGAUAAUGGGAGUGGAUAUAUAAAAUCUGGUUUUGCAGGAGAUGAUAUUCCUAAUAUUGUAUUUCCAUCAUAUGUAGGAAGACCAAAAUAUAAGAGAGUUAUGGCAGGAGCAGUUGAAGGUAAUAUUUUUGUCGGAAAUAAGGCGCAUCCUGUCUUAUUAACUGAAGCUCCCUUAAAUCCUCAAAAAAAUAAAGAGAAAAUUGCUGAGGUUUUUUUUGAAUCAUUUAAUGUUCCAGCUUUAUUUAUUUCCAUUCAAGCUAUCCUUUCUCUAUACUCCUGUGGAAAAACUAAUGGAACUGUUUUAGAUUGUGGAGAUGGAGUUUGUCAUUGUGUUUCAAUUUAUGAAGGAUAUAGUAUAACUAAUACAAUAACAAGAACAGAUGUUGCUGGAAGAGAUAUCACAACUUACUUAGGAUAUUUAUUAAGAAAAAAUGGACAUUUAUUUAAUACUUCAGCUGAAAUGGAAAUAGUAAAAAAUAUGAAAGAAAAUUGUUGUUAUGUUUCUUUUAAUAUGAAUAAAGAAAAAACUUCCUCUGAAAAAUCUAUUACCACUUUACCAUAUAUCCUUCCUGAUGGAUCACAAAUAUUGAUUGGAUCUGAAAGAUAUAGAGCACCAGAAGUUUUAUUUAAUCCAUCUAUUUUAGGAUUAGAAUAUUUAGGAUUAUCUGAACUAAUAGUAACAUCAAUAACAAGAGCUGAUAUGGAUUUAAGAAAAACUUUAUAUUCUCAUAUAGUUUUAUCAGGAGGAACAACCUUAUUUCAUGGUUUUGGUGAUAGAUUAUUAAAUGAAAUCAGAAAAUUCGCUCCUAAAGAUAUAACAAUAAGAAUUAGUGCACCACCGGAAAGAAAGUUUAGCACUUUUAUAGGAGGAUCAAUUUUAGCUUCUUUGGCUACUUUUAAAAAAAUUUGGAUAUCUAAACAAGAAUUUGAUGAGUAUGGUUCCGUUAUUCUACACAAAAAAACAUUUUAA